CAAAACAAUGCAAGGAUCGCACCGUGCUUCCAGUACUCUGAGAAUUCAGAAUGAUGCAGGCAUAGCACAAAUGGCAUUAGUCUUCCAAAGAUUUGUGACCAUUGCCAGCUGUCAGGCUACCCUGGCAUCUACAAGAUACGUCUCAUAUAUAUCACCCUGCUCAAAAUUUAUCUACGUACGAAUUCACCAUGGGUCCUAAGGCCACCCCUGCACAAAAAACAAACACAGUGGUGCCAUACUCUGCUAUAUUACGAACUUCUCUUGCUUAUUCACGUACGUUUAACCCCCGGAACUUAGAAUAUCACUGGUACCCACUAUGGGACUACGCCUUGUCCAACCUCGUCAGAAAAACACCCAAUCUCAUUGUUUUCCCACAAUUCCCACUGUGGUUCAUUCCUUCCGAUGAUGACGGUGAGGUUGAGGAGGCAGAGGAUGGCGACAAUCUCGAAGAGAUGGAUGCAGUAGAGCCACACCAGGCGCCAGCACCCAUAUCUCCUGCUGAUGAUGAUGACUUCAUUGAUGAAGGAGUGUCUUUGGCUUCCACAACAGCAGAACCAAAAGCCAGGGGUGUCCUGGUGGAUUUCGCAAUCAUCAGCGUGAAGGCAGGGAAGGAGUCGCAGCAUAAGGAGCGUUAUGGGGGUUGGAGGAUUACCGGAGUUGAUGUGGGCCUUCUGGUAGAAAUAAAAAGGUCGGCGAGCAGGAGUUUAAAGGGAAAGGCAUUCGAGCGUGCCCUUAGUGAACGGUUGGGAGAGGCUAUCCAUGAUCUGUUUGAUCAAGCGGUGUGCCUAUUUCUUGAAAACCCAACCAAGCAUUCGGUCAUGGCUAUGGCAGUGGCAGGCCCAUAUUGGUGUAACACCACAAUUACCCGGGCUGCUGUCAAGAAUGCCAUGGAGCGCCGUUCCACCAAGGAUCCAUCUUAUUCAAAAAAAAAAAACAGCAUUCCCUCAUUGAGGUGGUCCAGUACGGUUCGUCUUUAUAGUGCACUGUCAGACCAGCGCCUGCAAAACAUUCGUGGAAUUUUGGCUAACAUGGGAGGGUCCUGACGUGCUUCUGGAAGCUAGUACCCCAUCUGGUCCUACUUAGUAUGAUGUUAGCAUCUAUUUCAAUUGAACGUAACAAGUGAAAUGCAGUCAACAGAUUUUUUUU